GCUAUAUUACCAAAACAUAGUUUAUUCCUAAGAACGCUUCAAACUACUCACUUAUUUUAAAAGGGAAACAAAAUAAUUAUUUUAAAUCUCACAAGUAAUAAUAGGUUUAUAAACGUCCUUCUGUGUGUAGUUCUGCUGCGUAAUUCAGACACCAUAGCGACAACUUCCUGGGAUGCAGCGAGUACCCGCGCGCUCCUCUGUAAUUCUACCAUUGAAAAAAGCAUCACCACGGUAACAAUCCUUGGCCAGUCUGAUUCUGUGCUUUUUCCGAAGAGCCGCUGAGACACAUCAGUUCUAGUUAACAUCGCCACCAGCAGAAACACUCCGUCGGGCAAACAUGGUGAAGUUGGGCAGCAAUCUGUCGGAGAAACCAGAGAAGGAGCAGACCGUGGAAGAUGGCUUCGAUAACAUCCCGCUGAUCUCACCACUGGAUGUGAGUCAGCUCCAGCAGCCAUUUCCUGACAAGGUAAUCGUGAAAACAACAACGGAAUACCAACUGCAGCAGAAGAAGAAGAAAAAAUUAUAUGUUCCUGGAAUCAAGAAGCUGAACAUAAAUCUGUAUGAUGAAGUUUCUGAGAAGGUCAAGCUCACUGGCCUGAUCCUGAUUACCAUGGUGUUCCUGGCCUGCCUGCUGCUCUUGGUCAUGUACAAAGCUCUAUGGUACGACCAGCUCAGCUGUCCGGAGGGCUUCAUCUUCAAGCACAAGCACUGCACCCCCGCCGCCCUGGAGAUGUACUACUCCGAGCAGGAGGCCGGGCCGCGAGGAGGCCUCUACACCGCCAUCAGCCACCUGAAGCAGGCCAAGAAGACCAUCCCCGAGCUGCCGUCGCUAUGGUUACCCGUCACCAACGCGCUGAUCGAGGCGGAGAAGGCCAAGGAAGAGAGCAGCCAUCUUCAGCAGUAGGGCGUCGGCGAGGCGCCGCAGAGCCGCGUAAUUAAAACCACGCUUGUGUCGGUGGUUAAUUAAACCUAUCAAAGUGUUACAGUUACGAAAAUGUCUUUAAAAAAAAAUAAUAAUUCAAGUAAAAACACAAACGUCAAUAUAGUUUAGGAAUGUGCCUGAUUCAUGCUUUUACCCAGAAUGUUUGAAGCACUCUUAGGAGGAGAAGGCUCGACGGGGGAUCGCUUCCCUGUGACAUGCAAGGGGAAGGAACGCAAAGCGAAAGGUGGGAGAUGUUUGGUUUUCUGUACAGGAGCGCAUUGGAGAGAGACAUUCAAACACCAGCUAGCUUUCCAUCAGGAUCCCAUCAGGAGAGAUCAGUAUUUCUGUGUUAAAAUAAAUCUUGAAAAGAAAUGUGAUUUUUAAUGUUCCUCUAAUACACGUGCUCUUCUUAAAACCAUUCGCUUAAUGUUUCCUGAGUAUAGUGCUUCUCAUUCUGUACAGUCCGUAAAGAGCACUAAAUAAUGGCAUACUUCAAUUAUAGAAGGAUCUGCUUAGAAGCACAGAGAUCCUCAUCCUGCAAAAAGCGCUGUCAUUGCAGUCUUACUAAAAUCAGAAAGAAAAAUGUAUUAAUAACUAUUUCCUUUGAGACAGGAUUCUGAAACCAGUUCACACAGCAAAAUGUUCAGUGCAAAUUCAGCUCUGAGAAUACCUUUAAAGUUCGUAGUACAUGCAGUAUUAUCCCUGUUAGAGUUGACUUAACACUCGUCAUUUUGCUGUGCACAGACUUAUUUUGUAGAUGUUAACUUAUCUGAACACACUGCAAAAGCCUUACAAAACCGUUUCGAUUAAUUAUACAUAUUCUUAGGGAUUAAUGGGUGUGUUGUAUUUUUGUCCAAGGUGACGUAUUCUGUACGUGGAGUGAGGUUUUGCUUUUCUCACGCUGAAUCUGCUAAUACCACUCGAGUAGUUUUUAGUGAAUGUCUGCUAAAAUUUGUAUACCUUAGAACUUAAAGGGAACAUAUUCUUAAAGGGAACACUUUUUCUCUCAAGAGUAUAUAAGCAUGUUAAAAAUCACUUCCUAAUAUAUGUAUGUAACCACUUGCAACAUCAAACACAUACUGCAGCCUUAAACAUGCUGACUUAGAUCACUUUUGAUGAAUGUUAACACAUUCACCAGCAAUCUGUCGAAUAAAACUAAUUACAAUGAUGUGCAUUUGCAGUAUUCAUUUAUUUUGCAAGUAUUAGAGAAUUAGAGUCCACUAUUGAGACUGUUAAUCUGAAAUGUGCAUAAUUAGGCACAACAGCAUAUGAGAACGUCAAUGAAAACAAAAUAUUCCUAAGACACACAGUAGAUGGGUAUGAACAGUGAACGCACAACACAACAUUUUGUUCAACUGUCUGAACUGAUCGAGGCAUUGGCGUAUUGCAUUGUAUGAUAUCGUUAGCCAAAAUAGCUUCAUGGCCCUAAGGGCCGUGUGUGCUUGCGCUUGUGUAUGUGGGUGUUUGCGUUUGUGUACGAGUGCAUGUAUUGUACAUUCACACACUUUUAGCUAUUAGUUGCAGUAUGUGUUUUGUACAUGCAGUAUGUGGUUCAUAGUUUUGUUUGUUGUUUGUUUGGUUUUUUUGCACAUGAUUAUUUAUGCAUUGUUUAUGAUUAAUGUGAAUAGUAUUUAUAUUUCUAUUUUCACAUUGUCACCGUAUUUGCUCUGAAGGGUUUUAUUUAUUUUGAUAUAGGACUUAUAGGGUGUUUUGUGAAGAAUUUACUGUGCUACAUUGGGUAAAUUGCAAUCCAUAUUGAGUAGCGGGUGACCUCAGAUUUAAUCACAGGUUCCAGACCUGUGGAUCAGUUGAUCUCUCGGUCAUUCACAUUAGGAAGCAGCUUAAUGUUCUGGCAGAUAUGAGCGUUGGUAAAGAAUGUGAGCGAUUUUGUGUUGACUGAAAGUAUGUUCAGUGAGAAGUAGCUCAGAACAUUUGUAAAAAGGUGUCGUUGAUAUUUGUAAUGCCGCUCCUUGUCCCUUUGUUUUUCAGUCUCUCGACAGCACCUUGUAGCUUUCUUUCUCAGCGAAUGUGAUCUUAUCGUACUGUAGCAUACUGUACACUCUUUUGUGUCAAGUACUGAAAGUGCCAAAAUGAAUGCUGUGAUCAUCUGCUUUGAUCAUGAUGAAAAAUUAAAUAAAUUAUUUGGUGUUCACCUUUCACAUGAAUAA